AUGCAUUUAGGAUAAUGGGAUAAAUUGGCCACAUAUAAUGAAUAAGUCAAUGCUGAAGAAUCAGAUAAACCAUUUUGGAAAGCAGCUGUAUAUAUAUCUAAAGGAUAAUUGCAAAAAUAUAAGUAAGGAAAAGCAGAGAGAGAUUGGAUGGUUUAGCAACAGGAUUAUUAUAAGAAUCAUAUGAUAGAGCUUAAGAUGGAGUAUUAAAAUUAAAAAGCAGCCUAAGAGAAUGUAGGUGAAUAUUCUUAUAUUAAAUUAUUGGAUGAAUUAGAAAUUCGUAAGAAAAAAUUAAAAGAUAUUUGGCAUGAUAGAUUAAGUGGUGCACCUAAGGAUAUAGAUGUUUGGUAUCGUUUACUUUCAACAAGAUAAUUAUAUUUACCUAAAGUACAUGAUUUGACAUUUGGAUUAAAUUUGCUAAAUUAUGUUUAAAGAGAUAAAAAAUGGUUCUUUGCAAAUCUACUAUUGAAAUAUUAAAGGAAUAAUUUCAGAAUUAAGGUUAAGCUCCUUUACCUGUAACUCUUCACAUUUUCAAUAUGUAAUUUGAAUAUGUACAUGCUAAACAUGAAAUCUAAAUUUUAGAUUAGUUCAGAGAAUAUUUCACAAAUUAGGAACAAAUCAGUUCAAUUGAUUCUAAAUUAAAAGCAAAGACUUUUUUUACUUUAUAUAUAACUAAAUAAUUUGAUGUAUCUUUAUAAUAUAAUUCAACUUAUGCAAAGGCAUGGCAUUAUUAUGGUUUAUGUAAUUUUGAAGUUAUUGAAUAAUAAGAAAAUAGAUAAUCUAUGA